CCCGCCGUGCUCCUGGCCCUGGCGCUGGGCGGCCCCGCGGCGCGGGCGCAGAACGAGACGGAGCCCAUCGUCCUGGAGGGCAAGUGCCUGGUGGUGUGCGAUUCCAACCCGACCACCGACGCCAAGGGCUCGUCCUCCUCCCCGCUGGGCAUCUCGGUGAGGGCGGCCAACUCGAAGGUCGCCUUCUCGGCGGUCAGGAGCACCAACCACGAGCCCUCCGAGAUGAGCAACAAGACGCGCAUCAUCUACUUCGACCAGAUCCUAGUAAACGUGGGCAAUUUUUUCACAUUGGAAUCUGUCUUUGUGUCACCAAGAAAAGGAAUUUACAGCUUCAGUUUUCACGUGAUUAAAGUCUACCAGAGCCAGACAAUCCAGGUUAACUUGAUGCUCAAUGGGAAGCCAGUCAUCUCUGCUUUUGCUGGGGACAAGGACGUCACUCGUGAAGCUGCCACUAAUGGAGUCCUGCUCUAUCUAGACAAGGAGGAUAAGGUUUACCUGAAGCUGGAGAAAGGUAAUCUGGUUGGUGGAUGGCAGUAUUCUACGUUUUCUGGCUUUCUGGUCUUUCCCCUGUAAAGUCAAUUUUCCUGUGACGUUUGUCCGGUCGUGGAGUCGUCAUUGCCUCUGUCACAUGAAGAUCAUUCUGUCAUCGUGGGAUUGGUGUUUCCUUAUUGGUUUUUCAUGGGUGAAUAUGGAUUCUCUUUAUGGAUUUUGGCCUCAUCUGAACUACACAGAAGUUUCACAGAAUUUUGUGUGUUUAACUACAAUAUAUUUGGAUUGAGACUAAAGCAGACGAUAAAUACCUAUGCUUAAUGUUACGGUCUAAAGCUGCCUGCAAAUUUUAUUCAGAUUUCGUUUACUGGACUUAUGGAUUCCUGAGAGAAGUGGAUUUUCUUUAAUUGUGAAACAACUGGCAACCAGGUCCAUAAUUUAGCAGAAUUUGAAUUCAUACUUCAAUCAAGAGUUAGUGUGUUGCUGCCAAAGAACUGUAUAUUGAUAUAUUGGUCAUACAUGUUUCAGUCACUGGGACUUAGCUAACAUGAGUUAUUCCAUUGUCUUGAGAAAGGUAAUUAUUUAUGCUAAGUGACUGACUUUAAUUCUCCUCUGCUGUAGUGUAUUGGAUGGUUCACCCAUAUAUUUAUGCUCUGUCGCUGGCUAUGAUUGCAUCUUGCCUGCAGAAAGCUAAGAAGGUGUGGCUGGAUUUUAGUGGGAUCUAUAAGUUAUUCCUCUCUUCCAAAAACAAGAGCAGCCGAUGACCAUUAAGAAAAAUACUCUUAUCAGGGUUAGAGGUGAUCAUCCAGGUGUGAUUUUCAGAACAGCUUUGCUCUUCAGGAAAUCUCACACUUUUCAAUUUUAAUUAAUGUGAUUGAUAAUAACUGCUGUAUUGAAAACCUGAGGGAUCCCUUCCUUAGACACAGAUGCUUUAUUAGCUGGAUGUGUGUCCCCCUGUUUGUAAUUAUGCCCAUUUUUCAAACCUUCUCUUGUGUUACAGGUAUCAUCUGGCUUUGCCUUAACUCCACAAUUGUAUAUAAUUUUAGAUUGUAUGCUUAACAAACCUGGAAUCCAAAUAGGCAGUACCUCACUUGGUGCAAUAUCUUUUUUGCUUUUUGUACAGGUCAUACGAAGCUCAUAAACUCACUGAUUAUGUCAUUGUUAUAUAAUAAAGAUUAAUAUAUGUUAGCUGGA